AUGGGGAAGAUCACCUUCUAUGAGGACCGGGGCUUCCAGGGCCGCUGCUACGAGUGCAGCAGCGACUGCCCCAACCUGCAGCCCUACUUCAGCCGCUGCAACUCCAUCCGGGUGGACAGCGGCUGCUGGAUGCUCUAUGAGCGCCCCAACUACCAGGGCCACCAGUACUUCCUGCGGCGUGGCGACUACCCCGACUACCAGCAGUGGAUGGGCUUCAACGACUCCGUCCGCUCCUGCCGCCUCAUCCCCACACACUCCGGCACUUUCAGAAUGAGAAUCUAUGAGAGAGAUGACUUCAGAGGACAAAUGUCAGAGAUCACAGACGAUUGUCUCUCUCUUCAGGACCGCUUCCACCUCAAUGAGAUCCACUCCCUCAAUGUGCUGGAGGGCUCCUGGGUCCUUUACGAGCUGCCCAACUACAGGGGAAGGCAGUACCUCCUGAGGCCAGGGGAGUACAGGAGAUAUCUUGACUGGGGGGCGAUGAAUGCCAAGGCUGGUUCUCUAAGACGGGUGACAGAUUUUUAUUGAAGUAUUUUCAUUCUCCACUUUUCUCCUUUAGAAUCUAA